GACACAUUUGGUGCAUAGCCUCGGUACCUGAUGCCCAAGAGAAGAGAGACAGAGGCCACACGCCGUCGACGUGCGCAAUUGGCCAAGUAUCGUCAGGGACCAAACGGAAAGUGGGAGUCCAAUGCAAAGAAGGCAGUGGCGAUUCGAGUGAAGCGACAAAGCCUCCGCAUUGGCCCAUUGCUCGCAAGUUGUAAGGCCAAGAAGGUUGCCUUGGAAGCCAGGAAUUUUCAAGCUGCUCUACGCCUGGUCAAGGACCUGAGGGAUUGUUCAGAUGAGGCCUGCCUACAAUCACUGAUCGGUGAGAUCAGUUCUCUUUCAGUGACAGCACCGCUCUUGCGAAGGACUCUGAUUCCAAAAGUCUUGCGAGAGGUGUCUGCCAGGUUUCCCAAUGUCCGAGAGCAGGUGACCCCAAUCAUCGCGAAGUGGCGCGCUGUCUAUGCACAAGAGGAGCAGCGCGUCGCAGAUAGGCAGCACCAAGCGCCGCGGAGGAGACCAACUUCCUCAUCAGGCAGCUCCUCCAGUUCAUCGUCUUCAUCUACGCCCGAAGUGGUGAGAAUGCCUCAAACACCUGGGCCUAGCAGGAGAGCUUUGAAGCAGCGGCGCAUUACCUUCUUUUUGAGAUAAGACCCGCUCGUAUGUGGUCUUUUUCGAAGUGUUGCGCGACUUGUGUGUAAAACAUCCUCUACGGCUAGCUGCCUGUGACAAUUCGAUCGAGUUGAAUCGAGUCGCUAAGUUUUUCGAGGAUUGUGUUGCAACACUUCCUGCCUACGCCCUGAUCCGAAG